AUGGCAGCCUACGCCCGGAGGGGGACUCACGGGCCUGGUCCCGUUGUCGCGGUUCUUCCCCUUCAGCCCAAACAGCUCCCCGACAAGUGGCAGCACGACCUUUUCGACAGCGGCUUCGGGGGUGGUGCCGGCGUGGGGACGGGGGGCAAACUGCUGGUGUCCAAUCUGGAUUUUGGAGUGUCAGACGCCGAUAUCCAGGUGCUCUUUGCGGAGUUCGGAACGCUGAAGAAGGCGGCCGUGCACUACGACCGUUCUGGCCGCAGCUUGGGGACAGCAGACGUGCACUUUGAGCGGAAGGCAGAUGCCCUGAAGGCCAUGAAACAGUACAACGGGGUCCCUCUGGAUGGCCGCCCCAUGAACAUCCAGCUUGUCACAUCACAGAUCGACACACAGCGGAGGCCUGUGCAGAGUGUGAACAGAGGCGGCAUGACCAGAACCCGAGGCUCCGGCGGCUUCGGCGGCGGGGGUGGCACCCGGAGAGGCCGCCGUGGGGGGGCGCGGGGGAGCCGUGGCGCCAGCCGGGGAAGAGGCAGAGGCACCGGCAGGAGUUCCAAGCAGCAGCUCUCCGCAGAGGAGCUGGACGCCCAGCUGGACGCCUACAACGCCAGGAUGGACACCAGCUAAACCGGCCAGGACCCAAACGGAGCGGACCUGGACGGACGGCCAGGCAGCCCACCUUGCGUGCAGUGGGGUGGCGCCCAGGCUGUGCACCAGCGAUGGAUUCGUUUCUUUCAUGUUUUAAGAUAGGAUUUAAAAACUCAUGUAAAGGUUUUUUGUUUUUUUGGGGUGUUUUGUUUUGUUUUGUUUUUUAUUUUUGACUUUUUUUUUUUUUUUUUUUUUUUUUUUUUAAAUUCUGAAACAGACCUGUUUUGUAAGAGUUUUUUUUUGGAUAAAUUUUACUGGUUGCUGUUGUGGGGAAGGUGGCGUUUUCACCUUUUCCAUAAUAAACUAGAAACGUGUGUAGAA